AUGCUACAUGAGCCCGUCUCUACCGCGAACGGACACAUGCCGCGACGCUCUUCACUCGGCUGUCGUCUCCGCUCUUCCCCUUUCCUUUCGUGUGUGGCAUACGUGAACACACUGACGUGUGACUCCCUCAUGCACGCGCUGCGCGCGACGGUGUCGCAACGGAUCGCCACCGGUGUUGAUGUUGAGUGCCACAGGCUCACCUCAGGGGCGGCGGUGGUAUCGACUCCAACGCAGGUACACAUAUCCAUCACAUCUGCGAACUUCGUUAGGCAGCGUUCAUCGCGUCCUGCUCUCCUCCCUCUCUUGACACACCCUCCUCCCCCCUCCCCCUCCCUUCAUCCAGUCAUGUCCCGAUCAAGGCAACAACAGGCGGCGGAGGUAACGCUGCACCACUUCUUCAAAACGGAGCGCGUUAUCCGACUGGAGUGCGAGCGGCGGGAGGCCAAGGCACGGCUCAAACUGAUCGACAUCAUGUCAGGUGAUCUGGACGAUCAGCUCCUGUGCGUGGCACAGUUUAAGAAGGAGUGGCUGCAGAGCCGGCGUGUGCUGGAGGAAGCCAGACAAGCCGUUGUUCAGGAAGAGGGCUCGAAACGUGCGUACGUGGAGGAAGAGUACGUGAGGACGAUCAACACGAUGAGCCGUCACUAUCAUCCGCUUAGCUCUCGCGUGGUAUGA